AUGGGUCCCAAAUCUAACAAGUCAAUCGUCCAUGGUGACGAUUCACCAUCGAGCCGUAAAUACACCGACGCUGAAGAAAUGUUGAGUCUUCAAAGAGAACGACUUUGUCUUUUCGCACACGACAAUCAAUGCCCCAACCCGAUGCUGCCUCAUAUUAUGGGUGCUCCAGGAGUUUCAAUCGAAGAGAAUCAUGAGCGCAAGCUUCAAAAGAUAAAGAAUGUCGUUUCAAAGGUUGAGAAAUGA